CUAAAAUGUUGUAUCUCGCCUUCCUGCUUUGUAUAUGCUUGGGUUUUGUUGGAGCUCAAGAUGAUGCAAGAUGUGAACCCCUUACAAUUGGAACAUGUGCUGAGUUUGGUUAUUCAACUGUCCGGUUUCCCAACGAAAUAGGUCAAAACACCCAGGAAGCUGCUGCUAACGAUCUUCAGUUACUGCAAAGAUUCAUUGACACUGAGUGUAGCAAGGAUCUAAAACUAUUCCUCUGUUCCUUAUAUGCCCCGUACUGCAAUGCCACAGCAAUGGGCUACCAAAUCAUGCCUUGCAGAGACCUAUGUAUCAAUGUGAGGGACAGAUGUUUAGCAACCAUGCAAGAAAAAGACCAUGACUGGCCCAACUCGUGGAAAUGUGGGAGGUUUCCCUAUGAGAAGGGGAUGUGUGUCGAGGGGAUUGAGGGUCCGGUGACGGAACCACCGGUAGUUUUUUCAACGGAGCACGAGCCCAAACCAACCACAAAGCAACCUACUGAUGAGCCUGUUCAGAAACAAGAGAAAACAGACACUGUCGUGGUGGACAAUUCUAACAAUAUGUGCAGACAGGACCAGAUCUAUUGCGACAGAAUGUGCAAACCUAUCUCCUUCCGGUGCGACUCCUUUGAGGAUUGCGAGGAUGGAAUGGAUGAAACGGAUUGCGACAAGUGUCUCUCAAACCAGUUCCGCUGUGCUGACAAGAGUCAAUGUGUUCCUUUACCGUCUCGUUGUGAUGCUAUCAGGGACUGUACAGACGGAUCAGACGAAGUGAACUGUAAUUCUUGCGGAGGGAACGAGUUCAAGUGUGACAGAGACCGGUGUUUGUCACAACAGUUUAAGUGUGACGGCCGAGUGGACUGUAGGGAUGGUACUGACGAGGCUAACUGUGAUGCGUGCACAGCAGACCAGUUCCACUGCGAGACCCUGAACAGGUGCAUCAGCAACUCUCUGAAGUGUGACGGUGAAGAUGACUGUGGGGAUAACAGCGAUGAACUGCCCGAGACUGCAGGAUGUCCUGCCCCAAAAGAGCCAACAGAAGGUACUCCAACUGAAGACAACCCUGAAGAGAAAAAGGAAGAAAAAGAGGACCAGGACAAUAAUUACGAGUUCUCCGAGUGUACUAUAACUGUUAAGGAUUGCAAUAUGGACUCCGACUGCAAAAAGGAGUUGGAUAACUACAGGUACGUGUGUGACGCACAGAUGCGCAGUGACAAGAUGAUUCCGUGCACGCGGGAGUGUCAGCUGGCCUACGAGAGACUCCUCUCCCGGCGGCCUCACGGAGAGAAGAUUAUUGAGCAGGAAUGUGUGGGAGUCAAGAAUGUUAAACUUAGCUGCAUUAGAGAGGCGAUGAGUUUAGAUUGUCACAGAGAACUGAACGCCUGUUUCCGAAACUCAGUAUGCAAGGAACUACACAACAAAUAUGUAGGCUCCUGUGAGGAGACUAUAGUUGAGCAUGCUCCAUGUACUCCAUCUUGUCGGAGUGCUUACAGGAACUUCAACAAGUCACCGACAUCAGCCGGAAUGCAAGCUAACUGUAUAGAAGUAAACACAACUAUCCCUGUACGAUGUGGUGCCAUAACACAAGCAGUAGAGAACUCAGCUCACACUAAAAACAGUUGCUCCCAAGGACAAUAUGCGCUAUUACUGACUGUCGCGCUAUUCUUUAACCUAUUUAACUCGAGAUGAGAUAGUUGUUACCGUGGCAAUGGAAUUUAGUUGUCAUGACACGUGGUAUAAACUUGCGCGCGAGCUGAGCAUUGAGCUGGAAGAAAUGUUAGAAUACUAGGUCCUAGAAUAGAGAUACAGUGUGAGGAGAGGGUGAGGCGGACAAUAUCGGGUUCAGAUCUAGGUGUGUCGCCUCCCCUCUCGCCAGACUAAUGUAACAAGCUUUAUAUUUGACAGAAGUUUUGAAUUUUCCGCACUUUUUUACUCGAUCUUAUUGAUAUUGUAUAGUGUCGUGUUUUACUGCUCAGACAAUUUUAGCGAUCAAGGGAAAAAAGUGCGGAUUUGUGCUUUGUUAUAUUUUUAUUUGAUUCACUAAGAUAUUUCACAGUUACUUGUAUUUUAUAAUAUUUUGACGUUUUUUGCAAAUGUCACUUUGUUACGUAACGUGAAUGUGUGUAAUAUUCUCACGCAUUUGUGUAACAUUUACGCGCGUACAGGGUCUAACGUGCAACAUAACGCAGUUUUGAACAGACAAAUACACGUGCGUGUGCCGCACUGAGUUUACAACCCUGCACGUGGGUAUAUCGCACUUCAUAAUCUCAGCUUUAAGCUGCAUCUUAUGUUGCACGUAAUGCUUUGAAAUUUAGAUACUGUAGCUCUUUCUUACACGUGACAUUAAAUAUGAUUGUAGUGUACUCAAAAGUACUUUCAGUGCAUUGCUGUUUUAGGCAGUGCCUGGACCGAUUUGUAGUGGAGAAUUGAAAAUAGUUUGAUUUAUAUAUUAAUUAGUCUAUAUCAUAGCUUUAAAGUCUGUAAAUCGAAUAGGAUUUCUUCAAAAUUUUAUAAACGUUUCUGAGUAUAAUGGAGUAACCCUAAAACUGUACUGGUUCGUUGCGGUACAGC